AUGUCUUCCUUUACGUGGAUUUUGUCCAUCAUUCAGGAUGAGUUUGGAAGCGGAAGGAUUAAUUUAGAUAGGACAGCAAAGUUACUUCUCAAGCUAUGCAUUCCUUUUGAUGUAGCUCAUGUAGAAUAUGUUUUUAAGAAAACAGCUAGAGAGGGGAAGCGUGGAACUAUUUCUGUAGAAGAAUUCAGGACAAUUUAUCGAACUGUUGCACACAGAACUGACGUCCAUGAAAUUUUCUGCUGUUACUCUCCAAACCGCAAAAUUCUAGAAGCAGCAAACCUGAUUGAAUUUCUCAGAAAAGAACAGUGUGAAAUGGAUGCUGAUGAAACACGUGCCUCUCAACUCAUUGCAAAGUAUGAACCCAUUGAAGAAGCAAAGAACAAAAAUGAGAUGUCAUUUGAAGGAUUUUUAAGAUACAUGAACUCAUACGAGUGUGAGCUAUAUAGAAAAGAACACCGAAGAAUUUACCAAAACAUGAACUACCCAUUACGUGAUUAUUUCAUUUCAUCUUCUCAUAAUACCUACCUCAUAUCUGACCAACUAUUAGGGCCAAGUAACCUUUGGGGUUAUUCAAGUGCUCUGAUGAAAGGAUGCCGUUGUUUGGAAAUCGAUUGCUGGGAUGGAGGAAACAAUGAACCUAUUGUGUAUCACGGUCACACUUUAACAAGCAAAAUUUUAUUUAAAACUGUCAUCGACGUGAUAGAGAAGUAUGCAUUUGUGGCAUCUGACUAUCCUGUUGUACUGUCUUUGGAGAAUCACUGCAGCCCUAAGCAACAGGAGAAAAUGGCAGACUAUUUAGAAACUAUUCUAGGUGAAAAACUUCUUACUACAAUAGUUGGUGAUAUGUUUCCUACAGAUCUACCUUCCCCUGAGUUAUUAAAAUUCAAAGUAUUGGUAAAAAAUAAGAAAGCUGGAACACUUGAACGAACUGUUCAAAGGAGAGGCCUUGACAGCCAUGGUGCGAUAGAGGAACUUGAGGAAGAGGUGGGGCAAUCUGAAGAUGAUGAUGGUGAGGAAAUCAGGCCCGAGCCACCGAAAUCUCCUCUGUUAAAAAGAAAAAAUGCAAUUAAGAGAUCUCCACCACCCAAUCGAAAAAAGUUAAAGAUUAAGAAGGUAAAACUGGCCAUGGAGCUUUCAGAACUUGUGAUUUUUACCAAAGCUGUGAAGUUUAAAAACUUUGAGCAGUCAAGAGAAAAACAGAAGUUCUAUGAAAUGAAUUCAAUCGGAGAGGUUAAAGCACGAAAACUUGCCAAACAGUCAGGUAACGAAUUUGUUAGGCAUACGGCUAGAUUUAUUACAAGAAUUUAUCCCAAAGGGACUAGAGCUACAUCUUCUAAUUAUAAUCCUCAAGAAUUCUGGAACGUAGGAUGCCAGAUGGUGGCCUUAAAUUUCCAGACACCGGGACUACAAAUGGAACUGCAUGCUGGGAGAUUUUUGGACAAUGGUGGCUGUGGCUAUAUUCUAAAACCAGAGUUCCUGAGAGAUCCUAAUACAACAUUCAAUCCAAAUAAUGUAACAGAUUGUCCUCCAUUAACUCUUUCAAUAAGGAUUAUUUGUGGUUAUCAGUUACCGCCUAGUCAACACAGCAAGGGUAAUAAAGCUGAUCCCUUAGUCCAGAUAGAACUUUUUGGUGUUCCAGAAGAUCAAAUAAAACAACAGACUUGUGUCAUAAAGCGUAAUGCGAUGUGCCCUAGAUGGAAUGAAACUUUUACUUUUACUGUUCACGUUCCCGAAGUGGCAUUAAUACGCUUCACUUUGAAAGACCAGGUCAUGCUAGCUGCAAACGACUUCCUUGGCCAAUACACUUUACCGCUUAUGUGCAUGAAUAAAGGUUAUCGUCAUAUUCCUCUGUAUUCCAGAGAAUCUGAAAGACUUGAUCCUGCAACACUCUUUAUGUAUAUUUGGUACUAUAAAUGAUGGCAUUAGAAGUACUCCUGCACUGGUAUAUUCCUCAAUAAAGCAACCAUCAUGUAGCACUCAAA